AUGCAGAAGCGGCUAUUGGCGCGCGACAUUGAUCACAAGGUCUACAGCACUGGGCUGGUUUCUGAUGUGACUUAUCGAUUCUUUCAAAACGGCUACUUGCUCUCAACAUCGAUGUACUGCGAAGAACUAGCAAGAUGGAUACCCAUCCAACUCACUUGGAUCAGAGGGCUGGCUGAACGCUAUUACCAGGUUCACUUUGCGGGUUUAUUCCAUCAGUUCCUGGUGUCUGAUUUUACCAAAGCCGAACGGGACAUACUUGUCUGCAACAUAGUUGACUUCUUGGCAGCACAACGGGAGGGGUUUGUGGCCGCAUAUUGGGAAGUUUUCGGGAAGUGUGACAAGAUGAUUGUACUCAAUAAACUCCAGGGAUGUCAUGAACAUUACCAAGCACAAGUCACGCAGGUCAAGAGGAACCGCCAUGUUGUUAUGGCUGACGAGGAGAGCACGUUCCAGCAGAUGUGCAUGGAUCUCAUCAAAAAGCCUGCAGAAGGCAAUGCCAGCCAUGAGGAGAAGAUUGAUGCAUUACGCAGACGUUUCCCAAAGGCCAAACAUUGGCUUGAUUGGUGGACCAUGGCCGAGGUUGAGUCCAUGCUCUGCCCAUCGCGCCGGCCCAAACUUGAAGUUACUCCAGAGGGUAAUGAGAGACCGACUAAGACAACAAACGCACAGGAGAGCCUCCAUUGA